AUGCAAUCUUCAACCACUCUCUUAGUUCUUCUAAGCUUUGUGACUGCCCUUCUCGCAAGUCCAAUCCGCCAAGGAGCAUCAACAAGCUGUCUGAGCGAUCCAAAAUGUGGCCCAAUUCCUGGUCAGUCUUGGCUAUACAGCGACUAUUCACACAAAAGUCCACCGUUCCCAGCGAAUAUCACAACUCCAGAUCUAGCGACCACCACUGGGCCCGUGGGGGAAGACGAUGUUCUCUUUCAAAAUUUACUCAGUGCAGAAUGGGCUGUUUACAGUUUCUACCAACAAGGCGUGGAGGCUUUCAAUCAGUCAGUCUUCACAGACCUUGGGUUCCCCAACACAACCUACCAGAGAAUCAGCGAGAUCCGCGAUAAUGAGGCCGGGCAUUUACGCAUUUUCCAAAAUUCGAUUUCACCCGCGUCUAUCAAGCCGGGGGCCUGCAGGUAUGAGUAUGGGUUUACCAAUGCUAAAGAGUUCCUGGCUCUGCAGAAUAUCAUUGAGGUCUCCAGCAUGGCGUUCCUGACUGGUUUAGCGCAGCAAGCGAAGGCAUCUUCGACAGUAGGUGCCCUCGUAGCAAUUGGGGAGACUGAAACCCGACAUGAGGUCUGGGCGCUCAUCGAUGUCUGGGGUCUCAAUCCUUUCGCAGGUCCUGCAGACACCUCAUUCGCCUACGCAAAUCAAAUUCUGUACAUCACCCUAGCCGACUUCAUCAUCGCCGGAAGUUGUCCUCACGAGAACCCUCCCUACCCCUACCCAUCACAAAAGCUGCCACAAUUGAGCUACAACGGCUCCACCUCCACCGGCCACCCAGGAUCGCCCAUAAUGUUCGUGUACAAACAAAACAGAUACAACAACGAAGCUCUUGUACCGGACUACGAGGCUGGAAAAUCUUAUUAUGCGGUCUUCUUCCAUGGGGUGAACAAUAUCACCAUGACAUUCGACACUAAGACAAACUCGUCGGUCGUUCCCCCAGAGUUCGACAGCCAAGGCAUUAUUCUGGUCGUAAUUGCGGAUGAGCCUGGAGCGCCUACUCUGAACAGCGUUGUUGCCGGACCUUUGAUCCUGCUGCAGCAGCCUGCGACCGCGACAAAUAUCAGCGGGUACUAUACAAUGAUAGGGAUCGAGGAACCAACGAGUGUCCAAGGCAGUGUUGAGGUGACGACAAUAGACGUCGAGCACCUUACGGAUCAUGGUAGUUACACCAAGGAGACUAUCGAACGGCGACUGUGGCGAGCAGCAAAUUCCACGGGCACCGCACUAUUUGCAACCGAUAUCGAACUCAUUAUGCAGCCACUAACCCUUUUGCGUAACGUGAGCAUAUUUCAGAUCUAUCUAAAUCCACGCCUUCAAGAGAAGAUGCCAUUGGUGGAGCUGGUGGCCUAUUACAAGAAGAUCAUUGAGAGCAAGGAGCAGCAAAUUCUGGAAGACCUAAAGUUUCACUCGACUCACACUUUCCUCAUUUUUUCGGCCAUUUACAUCGGCAUCAAACAUACAAGCCAGCCAUUUGAGCAACACCUCCAUGAUGUCCUCAUUUCAGCGCUCAACCUUGACCGCGACCGGACGAUCCUGGAGUUCACAACUUUGCGCCAGGACCGGCCCUUUUUGCACCGUAUCCAACCUACCUCUCGAGACCACUUAGCUCUAACACAAAACACCAGCCUACGGUUCACCGAUGGCAGUGAUAAGCAACACAACCCAACCAAGCCAACAUACAUCAUAACUCUCCCCUUCGAACUCCGCGAAGAGAUCUACAAAGACCUCACUCUGGCUUCCAGCUUUGAAUUUCCCCGUGUCUGCCGCUCAAUCAACACGCAAGCAGCACCGCUUCUAUACAACUCCUCCACCAUUGCGAAGAUCCAGAACUUCUACAUUUCCAUGCCCGAGAUCGGAUUCGGAGACCAUGAACCCUCAAAGCACGCUAUCUUCACACGAACAAUGAACCUACUGCAUCAAUUCAGUGGUCAUGAUGUCCAUCGCAAAGUGUGUCAUCUGGAUCCGCAUACAUGGCGCCCCACGGAGCGCAUGGCCGGCGUGCUGAGAAACUAUGUGGGCUUUGAGAGGAUAAGAAUUACUGUACGACUGAGACCGUACGAGUUUGGUGGUGGUGGACGGGUUCCCCCGUUCGAUUGGGAGAUCGUGGGAGAAAGGCGGGAGGGUUAUAUCAAGGCGAUGGACAAGAGACUGGGGCCAUGGCUAGGUCCGGCGGACUGUAUGGAUCUGGGUGAUGGGACAACAACUGAAGGUCAGGGGGACGUUAUUGACUCGAUGUUCGUCCUGGACUUCCAUCCAGGCGCGGUUGUUUCCGGGUUGGACCACCUGAUGAACCAAGAGACUAUCCUCGACUUUCCGCCUGGAAUGGAUCCUACGAAUCCGGACAAUAGAUCUUCGCUGCUCAAUAAUACGACUUUCAUGACGGGACUUCGAGCGUUGAGUGGCGGGGUCACGCAAGAUAUAACCGCACUGUACCUCUAA